UCAAAGACAUAGAUCGAAUCAAGGUAAUUACUACUAGUUAGCUGCUCCAAUGGCCGCGGCGGACAGCCACGGGCAGUUUUUGGAAUUGGAGGACGCGGUGAGGUACAUGAAGAUUGUGGAGAACCGCCAUCCGGCGAGCUACAGCGAAUUCCUCGGCGUCAUGGUUGAUUACAAGAGAGGCAGGAUCGGCGUCGCCGAAGUGGCGUCGACGGUGGCGGCACUGUUCCGGGACAGCCCCAACCUCAUCGUCAGCUUCAACGCCUUCUUGCCCAAGCGCCACCGGAUCCGUCUAUCGGACGAACAAGCGGCGGGUUUAGAGAAGCCGACGACCUUCGUGAAGGCGGUGAUGAACACGCACCCGGCCACAUACCGCGAGUUUCUCCGCAUCAUAUUCGACGAAUACGGGAGGGACGGGGUCGGCAUCGCGGAGGUGGCGUCGAGGGUGGGAGCGCUGUUCCGGGAUAGGCCUGACCUCAUCGCCGGCUUCAACGCCAUAUUGCCGAGAGAGCACAAGAUCAAGGUCAUCGGCGGGGUGGAUGAGCAUGAGCUUGCCGCUCGUUUCGUGAGAGAAGUGAGCCUAGAUGACCACGAUGACGAUAAGAUCCACGAUGGAUAAUAUCUCUCACUAUUGGUAUACUAUUAUACUCCAGCAACGUGGAGCGAGCGUAUAUAUUUUUCAAACUUCAAGCUUUGCAUAUUUCGGUAAGAUCUGUUGAGAAAGUAUCAACAUCUACAAUACAAAUUUAACUA